AAGAAUACAAAAACACAAAAAAACACUAGUAGAGUAGUAGAAACAAAUACCCUACCAAAAUAUAAGAUUACAAAGAUUUGUUACAUAUAUAAUCUAACAUACUCCAUAAGAAGAAGACUGGAAUUUUUCCUUCCGAAAAAAUCAUACUCCCACAAAACAUGUUUUCUCGCAUAUCCAACAUCCCAUGCUUUUUAGUAGGAGCACUGAUCUGCUGCUACGUAACCGUAUCAUUAUCAUACAGUUUCAGUGAUGAUAAUGUUAUUAAAGUUGUAUCUGAUUAUGUUUAUAACACUGAAUCCUCUAUUCUCUCCAUCACCGAUGACAUUCAUGAUGCUCUUUCCUUCGCCUCCUCCCCCAGCUAAGUUCUUCAACCUGCCUUUUCUUGAUCCAUAUCUUAACAAAGAUGGUAAUUUUACUCAUGGGGUGAACUUCGCUGUUGCUGGAGCGUCUGCACUCAACUAUUCUGCUUUAGCUAUGAAAGAUAUUGUAUCACUUGUCACCAACAGUUCUUUAGAUGUGCAGCUUGAUUGGUUUAAGUCCCAUCUAAAUUCUACUUUUCAUUCUAUAUCAGAGUGCAAGGAAAGACUCGCAAAGUCACUUAUCAUCAUGGGUGAAAUUGGAGGAAAUGACUAUAAUUGGGAACUUUUUCAAAGAAAAAGUAUUUCAAAAGUGUAUAAAAUGGUGCCUGAAGUUGUUCAAGUUAUAGAAAAAGCUAUAAAGGAAGUUAUUAGUCUUGGUGCAACUCGUAUAGUAGUACCAGGAAACUUUCCUAUCGGUUGCCUGCCAGUUUAUCUGGCAAUGUUUGAAACAAAUGACCCAAGGAUGUAUGACGAACAACAAUGUUUGCGAUAUUUGAAUAUGUUUGCAAAAUUUCACAACAGUAAAAUACAAGAAAUCAUUCGACAACUUAGAAAUGAUCACCCACACGUUACAAUUGUGUACGCAGACUAUUUUAGAGCCUUAAAAGAAAUUCUCCAACAUGCAACUUCACUCGGUUUUGGUGAGGAUGUAAUGGAGAUUGUAUGUUGUGGUAUUGGCAAAAAUGAGUACAAUUUUGACUAUGAUAGAAGGUGCGGAAGUGAAGGAGUUAUUGCUUGUGAACAUCCUGAAAAACACAUUAGUUGGGAUGGAAUACAUUUGACUCAAAAUACUUAUCAACUUAUGGCAAAAUGGCUAAUAACACAUAAUUUUAAAAGCAUCGUCUCUACAACUUGAUUUUUUUUUCUUGUCCUACAUGAUUUGGAGAAAGUUUAUAGUUAGGUAAUCUAGUUCCUUUGAUUUAUUUGAUGUCCCACCACUUUGCACUGUUCUUCUAGUAUAAAAUUGUGUAAUAACAUUGUAUAAAUUGCUAUUGGUAUAAUCUGUAAUUUUAUUAUAUAAAUGAAUGUGAUAUAAGUUAGUAAGAUA